UUCCGCCAGCAUAGUGGAACGCUAUGGAGUUUACCCAGUCCCUUCGACACCUGCCAAAAAUACAUCUAGAUGAUGUACAGCGACUUGCAGACAAAUUUUCACUUACAACACGUUCCAAACUUGACAAAGGAUACAAAUUCUUCAUUGAGUAGUACCUGUUUGCGUAUGAAGGUUACAUUUCAUGCUAAAGAGGUUCCUGUGGUACUGAAAUGCAUGUCAUGUACCUGCUCUGCUGGGAAAGCACUGUGCAACCACAUUGUGGCAUUAUUGUUUCAGAGUGCUCACUACUGUACCAUGGGCUUCAAGGCAGUGCCAUUGCCACUGUCAUGCACCAGCUCACUGCAGACCUGGCACCGGCCUAGGACACAAGGAAUUGCUCCUGAGGCAACAAAUGACAUGGUAGUGUGUAAACCAGUACCGAAGUCCAAGGAUCAUGCCCGAACUGGUGUGAAAUGUACACUGUACAGAGCAUAUGGUGGUCCUCUUCCAGAUCCUCACAUCCUUGCCAGUGUUGAGAAACUGCAAGACAAAUGCCCACAACCAGGCAUUUGCAAAUUGCUCCACGGGCUUGAGGCCCUUAAUUUUGUGGACUCUAAAUUUGGCCCGGUGCCAUUUGGGUCUUUGCUCUCUUACCAGAGCCCUCCUGAGAUAAGUAGAGACAUUAUUAAACACCCUGGUGCCCCUGGAUUUCCUCAGUUGCCCAUUGAAGGUCACAAUUUUAAAUUUCACAUACAAUUUGAGCCUAACUACAAGCAACAAUGCCACUUAGAGAGCCUUAAAGUGUCAAGGGAGAUCUCUGCUGCUAUUGAGGCAGAAACACGACUGCAGUCAGAAUGCCAGCUGUGGACCCAGGUACGCAAACCCUGACUUACAGCCAGCAGAUUUGGUGAGAUAUGUCAUGUCCGUGGAGAGUCAACUGCAAAAUCCUUAGCUGCUCACAUUCUGAGCGGAACUCCUCAGACAGCAGCUAUGAAAAGAGGGCUGGACCUGGAGCCUGACAUACUAAGGCAAUAUUCUGAUUUCUGUGAUGUCACUGUGACGCAGUGUGGGGGUCCUCAUCCACCCUGAUGCACCUCACCUUGCAGCCAGCCCUGAUGCCAAAGUUUUCAACCCCAGAGAAACACCACCAUUUGGGUUGGCAGAGGUUAAGAGUUAUGAUGUUGAAGAUGUUGCUCAAGUUAAACACCUGAUCACAGUUCGAGGCCAGGCUUGCCUUAAGAAAAGCCACAAAUAUUACUAUCAGGUUCAAGGCCAGCUGGCCAUAAGCGGACUUCAGUGGUGUGAUUUUAUAACAGAUACCCACACUGACUUCACAGUUGAAAGAAUAUUUCGGGAUGAGGAGAUCAUCAACUCAAUGCGACAGAAGCUGGAUUAUUUUUAUCACAACAUCUACAUGGAUGUAUUAUUACGUUAAGGCAGAAUUUUCAAAUGUAAAUAUUUCUAUGAACAUCUGAGGCAUGUAAUUCCUGUUGUAAAUACUUUUUCAAUUUACAACUUAAGUCAGUGUUGCAUUGUAUGUAAAUAUCCUUUGUCUUAUCGAGCAGUGGUCGCUCUUCAACCAGUUUUCAACCUUGUUUGUAGCUUUGAGCUGCUAUGAAAGGUUUGUAUUAGUUUCCUUCAUCUCACAUAAAUGCUAUUACCAAAUAUGUAAAUAAAAAAAAAAU